AUGAAGGUCGUUUCUGUCAUCCUCGGCGCUCUCGCCUCCGUCGGCUUCGCGCAACAAGCAACGCUCUGCAAGGACUACGAAUACUUUUCCAGCAACGGCUACCAGCUUAACAACAACAUCUGGGGCCGCAGCUUCGCCACCUCGGGCUCGCAGUGCACCUACGUCGACAGCGUGUCAGCCACUGGCGCCAAGUGGCACACCAAAUGGACAUGGGCCGGCGGAAAGGACAACGUCAAGUCCUACGUCUACUCCGGACGUCAGAUCACCAAGAAGAAGGUGAACCAGUACACCAACCUGGAGACGGAGGCCUACUGGGUCUACGACACCACCAACCAGCGCAGCAACGUCGCAUACGAUUUGUUCACUGCUGCGGACAUCAACCACGACACCUCCAGCGGUGACUACGAGCUCAUGGUCUGGCUCGCCAGAUACGACGUCUGGCCCAUCGGUACCUCGCAGGGUAUGGUCACUGUUGCUGGCCGAUCCUGGGAACUCUUCUACGGCCCCAACGGUUCCAUGAAGGUCUACAGCUUUGUGCCCCCUGUUGGCCAGCCCAUCUACAACUUCAAGGCCGACCUCAAGGAGUUCUUCGCAUACCUCACCAACAACAAGGGCUACCCUGCUUCCAGCCAGAACCUCAUUACUUACCAAUUUGGUACCGAGGCCUUCACUGGUGGACCUGCUACGUUCACCGUGAACCAGUGGUCCGCUAACGCUUGGUAA